GUUCAAAUGGUUCCUCACCCCGGGGCUAUGCCUGGAGUACCUACUGGACUCGAAUACCUGACCCAAGUGGACCAACUCAUUUGCAAACAAAUUGUGGAGUUAUUUGAAGUGAUGACGGGCUGGGAAUGCAAAAACAAGUACCGGAUCCUGAACAGCAUGAACCAACAGGUCUAUUAUGCUUUUGAAGAGUCUGAUUUGUGCAACAGGAUCUGUUGUGGACCCAACAGAGGCUUUGUUAUCCACAUCACAGAUAAUUACCAGCAGGAAGUUCUUCGCAUUGAGCGUCCAUUUCUAUGUUGUAAAGGCUGCUGUUGGUGUGCUGAUGGAUGCUGUCAGUACCCUGUGUACGUCAAAGACAGAGAAGGAAAUUAUCUUGGGAAGGUAACCUUGAAGACAUCGAAAUGUUCACCCCACUUUGGCAUCCACGGCCCUGAUGACACCCUUCUUUAUGAAAUCUGGGGUCCAUGUUGUCCCUGCCAGUGUGUUUGUGGCUGUACUGAUGACAUCAAGUUUCCUGUGAGAAGUUUGAAGGAUAAUGAUGUGGUUGGCAACAUAAGCAAAAUCUGGGCUGGUGCCUUCCGGGAAAUGAUCACAGAUGCCGAUACUUUUGGAGUAACUUUUCCCAUGAAUCUGGAUGUCAAGCAUAAAGCUCUCAUGAUUGGUGCUGUGUUUGUAAUUGAUUUUUUGGUCUUUGAGAAACAAAAGAAUAACAAUCACUAAAGAAAACAGGAGGAGGAGAAAGGACAAAACUGAUGCCAACAAUCAACGGGGAUCUUGACAAGUACAUGACCACAUUUGGUACUUCAGUUUCAGAAAGAAAGAAAAAAA